AUGGCCGCUCUCAGACGAAGCACACGCAUUGCUACUCCAACCGCCUCGACAUCUCUGAUCUCCUCAAAGGACACUGCAAAUGGCCGACGGGCUCGAUCUCCCUCUGGCUCCUCUCUCAGCUCGCUGUCCUCGCCUUUUAAUCUCCAUGCUGACGCCAAUCCUCGCCCUACCAAACGCGCCCGCACAGGUGCUGCUAAAGACCCAGCGACACCCUUGCAGGAAAAACAGCGUCGGACAAAAAAGGGUCCGAUUGCUGAGCCUAAGCCCGACGACUUCUCCGUCCGAGCGACUAGUGCGUGGAAGGUUGGCCCACACGUCUCUUCAGCCGGCGGCGUGGAGAACGCUAUUAUCAACGCGGCCUCAGUGGGUGCGAACGCGUUCGCCAUCUUCCUCAAAUCUCAGCGGAAAUGGGAGUCCGACGCGCUCAAGGACGAGUCGAUAGCGAAGUUCAAAGAACGCAUGAAGACCUUCGGGUACUCGCCCUCGCAUAUCCUCCCGCACGGCAGCUACCUCGUAAAUUUGGGCAAUCCCGAUAGUGAGAAGCGCGAAAAGUCCUUUACGUGUUUCCUGGACGACUUGAAGCGUUGCGAGCAGUUAGGGCUGCAUCUAUACAACUUCCACCCGGGCUCUACCGUCGGCGCUGGGACCAUAGAAGAGUCCCUUGCGCUCAUAGCUGAGUGUAUCAACCGUGCACACACGGAGACGGCCAGCGUCGUCAUAGUAUUGGAGAACAUGUGUUGCGUGCGUCGCUGCCAAGCAGGCUCAGGGAACGUCAUCGGCUCGCGAUUCUCGGACCUGGGUGGCAUCAUCAAGCAGGUCAGUGACAAAACCCGAGUAGGCGUCUGUUUGGACACUUGUGAGUUCCCGUAUGGGUACAACAUCACCACACUCGAAGGCUGGAGGUACACGCCCCCACGCGUAGUGGAAGAAUUCGAGCGCGAGGUAGGCGCACAUUACCUCCGCGGCAUGCACCUCAACGACUCCAAGGGCGCGCUCGGAAGCAAGAAAGACCGGCACGAGAACAUCGGCCAGGGCCACCUGGGCCUCCGCACGUUCGCGCACAUCCUCAGCGACCUGCGCACGCGCGACAUCCCGCUCGUCCUCGAGACGCCCGCAUACGACGUGCCCACCGGAUCGAGCGCCGCGGCGCGCGAGAGCCUCGCGACGGAGGGUAUGGGCGUGUGGCGCACCGAGGUCGCGGUACUCAACCGUUUAGCUAGGCGCAGCGCGGAGGAGGUGGGGGAGGAGGAGAUAGGGGAGAUGCGGGCGGAGAUCGCAGAGGCGGUGGUGAAGGCGAGUAAGGUGCGAGAUGCGAAGGGGAAGAAACCAGUGGUGGGCGGCAAGUCUGGGCGGAAGUCGAAGAAGAAAGUCGAGGUGGAAGAGGAGGAUGAUGAUGAUGAUAGUUGUUGUGAAUCCGCGCACUGA